AUGUUAAAAACCAUAACAUGUUUGUUUUUUCUGGGAUUUUUCAAAAAUUCCAUAGCACAACAAGUUUUGGACUGUAAUCGAUUGGUUGGAAAUUUCGUUGGCCAAAAAAUCGCAUUUGCUCGACCCAUGGAGAUAGGCGAUGUUAUUACAUGGAAUGGUACCGUAUUCAGUCAACCAUCAACAAUUGGCGCAAAUUUGGCCACCGCAUCAGAAAUCCCACUUCAUAUCAGACAAGACAUGCCACAACAACACACAAUUUUUAAUAAUAAUAAUGGGGGAUGGGGCAGAGAGCUUUUUGGACCACCACUUCUUCAGUUGGGUCAGCCUUUUCAGAUCUCUGUGAAACUUGACUAUCUUGCGUUCCGAAUUUUUUCUAACAACGUUGAAGUUUAUCAAUUUCCCAUAAGAACUGCGAAUUGGAAUGCUAUAACUUAUUGGGGAAUGUUAGAUAACUAUUCGCAGACAAAUUGGCUGGAAAUGAACUGUAUACGGUCACCGACCACGACUAGGGCACCAAGGACAAGAAGGCCAGGGCAUGGGCAUGGUGGUGGACACGGUGGAGGACAUGGAAAUGGUGGAGGAUACGGCGGUGGAAGAUUCUCGAGCUCUGAGAGCUCGGAAAGUUUGCCAUCUGAAUGUUUAAGAAGUUACGCAGCAUCCCCGCAAAACUUUUAUGGGUUUCGAUUUUUUAAUAUUUCUCUUCCGCAAAAUUUUUAUAAAACCCUCUCAAAGAAUCUGUUUGGAAAUUUCGUUGGUCCAAAUAUCUCAUUUUCUCGACCCAUGGAGAUAGGCGAUGUUCUUACAUGGAAUGGUACCGUAUCCAGUCAACCAUCAUCACUUCGCGUCAGUUUUAUCUCACCAACACAAAUCCCAAUUCAUAUCAGACAAGACAUGCCAAAUCAACAUACAAUUUUCAAUAAUGCUGCUGGUGCUCUCUGGGGCAUAGAGGUAUUUGGACCACCACUUUAUCAGUUGGGUCAGCCUUUUCAGAUUUCUAUGAAGUGA